CUAAGUUACUCACUUUAAAGGUUUCUGUUUCGGUUAGUGGAACACCCAUUUUAUGUACGUGCAAGCCUUAAGAAAUAGUACGUGACCAGAGGGCUUUGCGAGUCAGAACUAGGCGUGGGGUGGAACCGAGUCUCUGUCGGCUGUGGGCGUGGCUCCAGCGUCACGCCCCGCCCACCGGCGCCAUCUUCCUGGACCCGGGCGGGGCACCGGGCUGAGCGGCGCCGCUCGGGAAGGAACGCGGACUGCAACCCGGACUCAGCACUGACUUCAGAGGUACAGGCACAGGAGGCCUUUCCCAGGGGCCAGGACUGCUGAAGAGGACAAUGGAUUCUGGAGCUCGCCCAGUUGGUGGCAGCUGUAGCAGCCCCGCAGCGCUGUCACGGGAAUACAAACUAGUGAUGCUGGGCGCUGGUGGUGUUGGCAAGAGUGCCAUGACAAUGCAGUUCAUCAGCCACCGAUUCCCGGAAGACCAUGACCCCACCAUUGAAGAUGCCUAUAAGAUCCGGAUCCGCAUUGAUGAUGAGCCUGCCAAUCUGGACAUUCUGGAUACAGCUGGACAGGCGGAGUUUACAGCCAUGCGGGAUCAGUAUAUGAGGGCAGGAGAAGGGUUUAUUAUCUGUUACUCGAUCACGGACCGUCGAAGUUUCCAUGAAGUUCGGGAGUUUAAACAACUGAUUUACCGCGUCCGACGCACUGAUGACACACCGGUGGUUCUUGUGGGAAACAAGUCCGACCUGAAGCAGCUGAGACAGGUCUCCAAGGAGGAGGGAUUGUCUCUGGCGAGAGAAUUCAGUUGUCCCUUUUUUGAGACCUCUGCCGCAUAUCGUUACUACAUUGAUGACGUUUUCCAUGCUCUUGUACGGGAGAUACGUAAGAAAGAAAAGGAGUUAGUAUUGGCCAUGGAGAAAAAGUCUAAACCCAAAAGCAGCGUAUGGAAGAGGCUGAAGUCACCGUUCAGGAAGAAGAAAGACUCAGUAACCUGAGGGGAGUGUGAAGUGUCUUCUGUGAACUGCGGCGCUGCUCGGAGCAGUCCAGUGGUCUGCAAUAAUGAGCAUGCUGUUUGCUCUCUCUCCACUAUUCUAAAUGUCACUGGUGAGGGGGACAUGUCCACUAGGAGUUUUCAAUGAUUCACUAUGUAAAGCCCUGUCUUAGUUGACUCUGAUUUAUUAACCCAUCAGAGCUCUGUCUGCUCCUUAAUUGUCACAUUAGAAUUUGAUCUGCCCUUG